AUGGAUAAACCUGGGUAUCGUAGUUCAGUCACGAUUUUUCCGGUUGAAAAAGUCGCUAAAGAAUCGGUGGAAAGCGAUGGGAUGUCGAGUGACUCGAUAUCCAGAAACGUUUGGCAGCAGACUGAGUUCCCGGGAGGAACCAACUGUGGUAGCGAGGGCUUCUGCACUAAUCGGCCUGGUUGUAUCCGAUUUUGCGUGAAGAUGUUUAAUGGUGAUGACAGUGUGGAAUGUUUGAGUGCAACCGAUGUUCGUAAAGUUAAAAGAAAAUCAGUUAAAUGCAAGCCAGGCAUUCCCCGCAAGAAAGUUACGAAGAGAACCACGAAACCGAGGACAGUGAAGCGGGAGAGUGCCAUUCUAUCUGACGAAGAUGACGAAGAAAGUUCAAUCGCGCCGAAAGGCGGGCCGUCGAAAAAGCGUAAGAAGAAUUGCCCGACUUCAGCGAUGGAAUCAAACGGAUUAGAUGACAGCGUGGUGAUUUUACCCGAUCCCCCGGAAUCAAGCUUGAUAUCCCAGCAACUGCAACUACCGGAAAACGUUGUGAGGAAUGUCAUCUCGUUGCUCGGGGAGAACAACACCAUUCCAUUCAUGUGUCGAUAUCGAAGAGACACCAUCGGGCAUCUGGAUCCAGAGCGUUUGCGUGACAUCGAGUCGGCAUUAAACAAGAUAAAAGUUCUUAAAGUUCGUAAAAUCAACGCCAUUGUGAAUCUUCGCAAAAAGAAAGUCAUCAGUCAAGAACUUAGCGCAGCUGUUGAAUCGGUAACGUCUAUUGCUGAGUUGGAUGCGUUGCUAGAGCCCUUUAAAGCCUCGAAGGUAUCACCCAGCAACGCAGCUCGUAAACUGGGGUUAGAACCGAGUGCCCGAGCACUACUAGCCGGUGAAAAUGUAUCUUUCAAAUCCCUUGUCACCGAGGACCUUUCUGUGAAUCAAGUUAAGGAUGGUUGUAAAGAGAUUCUGGCGGAUAUAUUUGCCAAAGACCCGGAAAUUUUGACUAAUCUCCGUCCUGUUGCCCGCUGCUUGGUCAAAGUGAAAAGCACGAAAUUGCUUCUCAAGUCAGCGGCUGAUAUCCGACGGAAAUAUCGUGAUCUGUGCGAUUUUUCGGGAUUCGCUCACUCUUUGCCGUCGCAUAGGAUUCUUGCCAUCAAUCGUGGAUGUCAUGAAAAAAUGCUCUCGUCAGAGAUGAAUCUGAAUGAAGACGAAUUAUUCGAGCGAUUCUCGAGUGUCGUCAAGAGUCGGUGGCAACCGUCCGACAAUCCGAAGAUUCGCUCUUUGUUCGAAACUGCGAUGUACACUGCAUUUCCGAAAAUAAUCUCUUUGAUGAAACGAGAACUUGUCGGAGUUAUGACCGAGAAAGCGAAUGAAGGUGCCGUGAAGGAAUUUGGGAGGAAUCUGCGAAACUUGCUGUUUUCUUCGCCUCUUCGUGGCUGUAACAUCUUGGGUGUGGAUCCAGGAUUUACCCACGGCUGUAAGAUUGCUGUGAUCGAUAAAGGUGGAUCUUUGUUGGAUUCCGAUGUGAUUUACCCCAAGUUUGGCUGUGGCGUCGGAGCAUCAUAUGCUGCUCUGAACACUUUGAAGAAGCUGGUUCAGAAACACUUGUGCGAGGUAACGUUUUUGUGCUGUUCGAUAUUUCUUGUGGACGGAAUCGGUGAAUUCGAAGAUAAUCCGCAGAUUUUGGCCGUUGGUGACGGAUGUGGUUCACUUGAAUUCCAAGACUGGGUUCGUCAGGCGAUUGAAAAUCAAUCUUUCGGAAAUUUCGCGUUGAGAAUCAUACCAGUAUCAGAAUGUGGAGCUUCCGUUUAUUCCGCGUCUCCACUGGCGAAGGCCGAGUUCCCGGGCAUAGAUAUCAACAUCAUUUCUGCGAUAUCCAUUGCGCGAAGGUUGUUGGAUCCUCUGUCGGAGUUCGUGAAGGUGGAGCCGAGACAUUUGGGCAUUGGGAUGUACCAGCAUGACGUUCCAAAGGCGAUGCUUGGUGAAGCUUUGGACAAUGUAAUCAUGGAUUGUGUGUCGGAGAUAGGUGCAGACUUGAACACUGCAUCAGAGGCUGUUUUGACUCGCAUUGCUGGACUUGGUCCCGUGAGAGCGAAAGCUGUGGUUGACUUCAGGAACGAAUAUGGGCCAUUCACCAACAGAACACAGCUACUAAUGCUGAAAGGUAUGGGUCCGAAGACUUUCCAGCAAUGUUGUGGGUUUGUGCGAAUCAUGCCUGCGUCAUCUAAGCGCUCUGAGUCUCCGAAAAUUCCUCAGAAGUGUGUGAACCUGGCAAGGAUAAAAUGUAAAGUCUUGGAAGACAUAGAAUUCUCGCAAAACUUCAAUCCGCUGGACCAAACGUCAGUUCAUCCGGAAUGCUACUCUCGAGCAUGCAAAUUCCUCGCACUUUGUGAUGUUGAAGUGGCAGAUGUGGGCUAUCCAGCCAGUGUCAGUAAAAUUGAACGAUUCAUGAGCUCGAAUGAUCGGAAAAAUCUUGCUUCGGAUUUGCGGAUGAGCUUCGAGAAGUUCGAGCAGAUGCUAGAGGCGUUAACCAAGACCUUGGAUUUCGACGUUCGCCAGCGGAAGAUCCCGUCAUCGUAUGGCGAAGUGAGAUCUCUGGAAAAGCUGAAGGUCGGCGACGUUGUCGUUGGUCGUGUGAGAAACGUAGUUAGUUUUGGAGCCUUUGUGGACAUCGGCGUCGGAAAGGAUGUUCUCAUGCACGAGUCAGCAAUGGGUGGAGCGAAAGAAAGCAUCCGUCUCGGGGACUACGUUCAAGCUAGAGUUUCUUCUGUGGAACCAGCGAACGUGAAACGCGUCGGCUUGACCUUUUUGAGUCAAGUUUUCGAGGAUUGA